GAUUAAUUGCAGUUUCCGGGUCACCUUCAAAGGUAGCCCCAUGUGGAGCGCAUUGCAGUAGUCCAAGCGGGAGAUAACCAGAGCAUGCACUACUCUGGUGAGACAGUCUGCAGGCAGGUAGGGUCUCAGCCUGCGUACCAGAUGGAGCUGGUAGACAGCCGCCCUGGACACAGAAUUAACCUGCGCCUCCAUGGACAGCUGUGAGUCCAAAAUGACUCCCAGGCUGCGCACCUGGUCCCUCAGGGGCACAGUUAUCCCAUUCAGGACCAGGGAGUCCCCCACACCGGCCCGCCCCCUGUCCCCCCAAAACAGUACUUCAGUCUUGUCAGGAUUCAACCUCAAUCUGUUAACUGCCAUCCAUCCUCCAACCGCCUCCAGGCACUCACCGCCCUCACUGGUUCUAAGCAGGAGAUGGUGCACAGAGGUGAGAGCAUCAAUUGUCUAGGGCCAUUUUCCUAUUCCAGAGGAUCGGUGUGACGGAAAGUGCCAAGUAGACCAGAGGUUGGCUGGUGGUGCAGUGCCGUGGAAUUCCACUGAGUGGCGUAGCUUACAAAGUACUGGUCCGGAGCCUCGUUCUGAUUGGCUGUGGGUACAGAAGGGGGUGGAGACAAACACUUUGGGAGGGAAAAAGAAAAGGCAGCUGAGAGUUUUGGGUUCCUGGGGUUCAAGAGGGAUAAGAGUAUAGCUUCUGUGUGUAAUUCGCCCUGAGGAAAUAUCUACGUCUUUGAGCUUAGAGGGAAAGAUAGUGCCUUUUAAUAGUACAAAGACAAGUGAGAAUUGGGAAACUGAAUUUGAGGCAGGAGAAGUGGAGUUGUGAGGGAACACUGGCUCUCCCUUCAGCCUGAGGUGGGGGGGGGAAUAGAUUUUAUGGAGAAAAUCUUAAAAGUUGUUCAUUUACCAUCUUGUUCAGAAUUAGAAGCCUGUGACAACCACUGAGUGAAUUCACACCCACACACACGUUUCUUGAAAGAAAUUUAUCUCCCAACACAGCGUUUAACCAAUUUUGUUGUAAAAUAAAAUAUUUUGUCCUGCUUAAGUUCCCUAAGUCUCUAAGCACCCGUUUCUUAAAAAGCAAAACUAGCCAGUAAGUGGUAAGAGGAGGCACACCCCAGUGCUUUAACAUAAUUUCCUUCUGCAACACAACCCAUGGCUGCAGAAAUUCUUUUUUAUAUAUAAAUUUAUUUUAUUUGGUUUUUCAAAUUAAAAUUUUACAGAGAUAUAUCAAACGUAAAUCAUAAAAGCAAGAUUCCAAGGAAUCUCCUGGAUGUCCAUCCUCCCCUUUGUGGGUCCUAUUAUUUCCGCCUGCAUCUUUUAUGAUAAUCCAAGUCUUUUACAUCUCUAUUGUGUCCAGAAUUCACCCUUAAACUACAAGUGAUACUCCAAUCCUACUAACAAUUUUAACUGUAGAAAUUCUUGUGUGUGUCACGCAAAUGUUCUUAGGUCAGCGUGGUCCUCAUGAGAGCGGCACAUGUCGGGUGCUAUGAAAAUGAAUUGGUGUGCCUGACAUCCCUCAAUAAAUCCUACACGUGGAAGUAUUUUUAUGCUAUUCAUAUUUACUUGAGAGCAAGUCCCACUGAAUUUCAAGUCCACACCCACACAUUUGGACUGGCUGUGUACACACUCCUGUUUACUCUGCAACCAGUGCGGUCUCACUGUUGGUUUGUGAAAUGGCCUAUGCAUGACAUCAGCAACAAUCAAUAGUUCUCCUGUACCUGUCCCGUUAUUUCUUAUGAAAUACUGCAUUUUGAUGUGUUUUUCCACAAUUUGAGAAAAAACCCAUCUUAGCUGUGAUUUAAGCUGGCAACGUGCAUGUACACAGCUAAAGAGUGGUUGGGAACCAUUUGGCUUCAUUCACAACUGUAAAAAUGGCCCUUCCUAAACCCAAGGGUGGGGGAAUUUUUGCAGCCCAGGGGCCAUCUUCUGGGAGCUGCAUACCAACGGGUAGGCAGGACCAGAGGCAAAAAUGGGUGGAGUAAUUAAUACAAAUUUCGCCUUUGUACAGCAGGCUAGUUUGAACACACACACACACCACCCUCUAUAUUCUGUCAAAGCAAGCAAGAGGCAUGAUCAGAGUUCAAAGACACAUUCUAGCUAGGCAAAAACACUGAAGUUUGGAGGGCCUUAUUCCUUGGCCUGAGGCUCCCCAUCCCUGCCCUAAACUUCUGUCUUUUGUAGGUAAAAGUAACUUGUCAGCUAAGAGGACAGUGGUGCAAUCCUCUGCAUGCCUGCUGCUUAGAUGUAGGCUCCUUAGAUUUCAGUGAUACUCUCAGGCCAGCGAGUGCAAGGUCAAAUCUCAAACACAUCAAGGAAAUUUUUUCUGUGCAAUGAAUCUUUUCAAAUUCCCUGCCUCUUCUCUCUCUGCCAGCUCCGCGUGUUGGAAACGGCUUGUCUGCUGGGAGAGCCGCUAAGCAGGGGAGGGAAUAUGCUACACUUCUCUUGGAAGCUUUCACUGGCUGAUCUGAAAGUAGCUGGACAAAGCAUGUAGGAGUUUCUCACAGGCCCCUGCUGUGUGGUGGAAGCGGGGUGGAUAAAGAGAGGGAGGGCUGAUGGAAAGAAAGCAGCCUGCAGUUGUGCGAGGAAAGGCUUUUGGCUCAUCGUCAGCUACUGCACAGCUCCAACCUGGACAACAAAAGCCGGCACAUCAGGAGCAACCUCCUUGAGGACUUCCUGACCUUCCCUGGGAAUUGUUGCGAGUCCCAAAGCAGCCAGGCCAUCUCCACGAUAUAGCCAAGCCAAGUCUAGACGGAGGAUUCAAAGUGUGCUUUUAAUUCUUGGAAGGCUCUUUUCUUUUAAACUAGAGCACCAGGACAACUCAUCGAAGGAAUGCAAUAUAAUUUCUGGGCUUAACUGCAGGAUGGCAAUAGUGCUGCCAUGUCAACUGAGGCCAACGGAUGACAGCUGCUGGGGAAGGGAGGUGAUGAGGAAGAAAAGUAUAACUCGGUGGGUGUGAGCAUCCGUGCAAAGCAGGACUCCCUUAAUCUAAACUCCCGAGCUGAUGAAAAGUCAACAAACAGCAUUAGAAGUUGUCUCCCCCUUUGUGGGGAGAUAACAAUGUCUCCUCAUUAUUUAAAAGGAAAUUGAGCAGUCAAGUUGGAUCACAGCUUCCUUUCUUGUUGCUUUUGUGAGCUGAACAGGGUCAACAGGCUGGAAGACAAUCUCAGCUAAUUCACUUUGUACAUAUGUGUGACAUACCGAUUGCCACAUUAGUCCUUCAUGGCGGCGCUUCCUUGUUCAAUGCCAGUGACGGGGCAUGCCAGGUGGUGAAAAGACUCUUUGCAAGGAGUGCAACUUGUAUGCCAUCACAGCCAUCAUUUUUGUAGAUGAGAAGAAGCCAAAUGGAUAUUAUGAAGUGGUUAUUCCGAGGCACCUACCAUGCUUUGGGCACAACUUGGUCGUAUUUAUAGUAAACUCGUCGCGACUUGCUUGACUUCCUCCUCUGCCUCUUAUCUCCUGCUUCUGUUAAAAAUGAUUUGAAGUGGAGUGAGAUUAAACACAUUUGUGCAGCGGAGGGCUGUAGAAAAUCCACCUGGCAGAAAUUUGAAAAGAGCAAAGUAGCAAAGGACUUUUGUGGCCAACAGGAAGGUAAAAAUUACUGUAAAUCUAAUAGCCUUCUCUACAUGGAUUUCCAUUGCUUGAUUUCCUCUUGCUGCUUAGUUAACUCAGUGCCAUCCAAUAUAUUGCCCUACCUGAGAAACAGGGCAGAGAACUAAAGAGACCAUAGGUUUGAGGAAGGAAGGCUUUUUGUUUGCAUUGUGAAUUAAGCCAGAAAUGCUUUGGAAAUAGUAGCUUGGCUGCAGUGGGGUAGAUCUGAAAAACGCUGGGCGUUGUGUUCCUUUUGUGCUGUUUGGUUUUGCUCACCAUGGGUUUGCACUGCUUCACCACACUAAAUAAGCUCUGGCCCUCCAAAGAAACAGUAGCCAGUAGGCUGCCUGACCACAGGGCUAUCUUUUGCCAUUCCAGUGCCCUCCUCUGUGGGGCCCUAUUGCUUUGCAGUCUCUGCACAGGUGAAAUGUCAACGUUUCCAGGAGACGGUGCUGCACCAUCAGCACCAGGGGAAACAGGAGCUAAGGCAAAGCUACCCAAGCAAUGGAGCUCUGCUAAAUGCAAGGUAGUAGAUCCUUGGAAAGGCCAAAGCCAGGGGCUGAGGGAAAAGGAAAGGCACCAGGUUUCAGAAGGCCUUGGAGGAAUGAAGAGGGUGACCUUGUUGAUCAGAGCCAGAUGCCAACAGGAGAAGGAAGAGGCCUUGGCAGUCUUGUGCCCAGCAAUGUGUGCCUGCACAUUCACAGCGGUGAACUGCUCUCAUCUGGGGUUGCUGGAAAUCCCGACAGAAGAUCCCUGCUCACUGAACAAAACAAUCCUUGAUCUUUCACAUAACCGCCUGAGCAUAGUCCGAAGAGAGGAGCUUGCUGGGUACCCCAACAUCCAAGCAUUGGACCUGAGCUUCAACUGCAUCCACACCAUUGAGGAGGGAGCUUUCCACUACCUGGGCAAACUGAGGACUCUCAACCUCAUCUCCAACAGUGUCACAUUUGACUGUUCCUUACGCUGGUUGAUGACAUGGGCACAAGAGAGGCACGUUCUUGUAAGCAACACAGAAUUGCUCCGAUGUGUCCCGGCAGCCACUGCUGGCAGCGUCAAACCACUGGAUCUCUUAUCACUGACCCACGCUGUUGAUUUUAUCUCCUGUGUGAAGGACACCCUGACCAGGAGUGAUGCAGUCCUGCACUAUUCUUACCUUUCAACUGGUACCCACACUCAGAAGUCCUGCCUUGAACUCUGCUAUAGCAAAGGGUACACCUAUUAUGCCAUGGACUUUUUGGAUCGCUGCCUAUGUGGAUCUCUAGGCAGCGAAGUGGCGGUGGACUGUGGGAAGGUGUGCUCCAAUGAAAUCCAGAGCCAAGCGUGCAAUAAAACAGUCAUCCAUGCUGCGUACCCAAUUCAGGUGAAACUCUCAUUCACCACACGGCAACACCAUGGGCAACUUGUUGAAUUCGCUGCCAAUAUCUCACUGCCUGGCACUCUGUACAUCUGGGACUUUGGAGAUGGAGGUGAUGGAGGUCUCAACACCACAAACCCAAGAGUGCUGCAUGCGUAUCUUCCUGGUACCUAUAUGGUCAUGGUUGAGGCCCUGACGGCUGGAAAGAGUCUGUUCCACAGAGCUACUAUUCAUGUGGUCUUGCCUGUGAAAGCAGUAAUCCUUAAGUGUCCAAAGGUUGUGGUAAGACACCAGAACAACAUAGACAUCUGGAUCCAUGCCCAAGAAGGUACUGAUCUGUCUGUCAUCUGGAGAAUGAAGGAUCCAGGAGGCCAGGAACUUCUUGAUACUUCCUCUUGCCCACGAGGUGGACAAAUCAAUUUGCAGAACUUGAACUGUUACUGGCUUGGUGAGACAAAGGAGACAUGGCAGGAUGCCAGGAAGCUCUGCCAGGGAGUGCCUGGAGGAGACCUGGUGGUGGUGAGGUCCCUGGAAGUACAGAGCUACCUCCAGAAAUCUUUUUCUAACAGUGCUGGCACAGUUUGGAUUGGAUUGCGUGACCUUGGCUCCUCUGGGUCGAUGCGCUGGGUUGACGGGGGCCUCGUAGAUACAUUCCAGAACUGGAUGUCCUCAGGCCGACCCGAGGGAGGGAAGGAAAUGUGUGUGAAGAUGCUUCUAGUGGAUUCAAGAGGGAACUGGAGAUGUAACCCAUGCUCUGAGAAAUCACCGUUCAUCUGUGAAAAGACAAUUGGAGAUGCGCUUCCAAACCCAAACUUCUUCCUGACGGGAAUGCCAAGGUUUAGCGCUAUCUAUGAAGUGAAGAACGUCAGCACCAGAAAGGCAGCUCCUUUCUUAGGGGGCAGCAAAGUAGAGCUGAUGCUCUUUCCUGGCCUCUGGUUCAGCCACAAUGGAACAGUCGCCUCCCUUGACUUUGCUAUGCAAGCAACAAAUCAGCCAAUCCAGGCCCGUUUCCAGAUUUUCCGCCCAUAUUGCAGUCCCAGUCAACAUUUGAUUCCACCUGGGUGCAAACGGCUUCAUUCACCUUUUGCCUGCUGUCACUCUGAGCCACUCUGCAAUGCCAUGGGUGAAUGCCCAAGUGGGCAACAGUGGUGCCCUUUGAAGGAUCAUUGCCUGAACAUCUCCAGCCCUUGCAGCCCAUAUGCCUUUGAGAACACAACUGCUCACAUCCAGCCAUUCCCAUACCCUCUGCGGUACAAAGGGGCUUCGCCAUUCUAUUCCAUAGUGGCUGAUCUUCCUUUAUUGCUCACCCCCAGCAAUGAAAACACCCACAUUCACGUUCUCCUGCCAGAAGAAGAGAUAUUUGUCCACCCGGGUGACAUCAUAGGGAUACAACACAGCGCUGGUAGGGGCUCGUUCCUGCAGUGCCAUCCCCAGAUGGAUUCCCCUUGGCGACAGAGUUACAUCAGCCUCAUGAAGGAGAGCUGGUGGGAAGGAGGUAUCCCUGGGCCGCCCAACCCUACCUGGGUGGACAGCAUGCUUUGUGACCUACGAGUGACCUUUGUGCAAGAGAUGAAGAGCUUGGCAAUCCCUCCAAUGUUGGCCCAAAGGCCGGAGUCUGGUACCUACAGCUACACCGCCACAGUGAGAAAUGCUGUUAGCAGCUCACAGGCCAGCUGCUCAGUGCAAGUGCGGUCAAAAGUCAGCGAUCUGCAGCUUAUCUACCCCACACCACUCAGCGGGAAGCUCAACAUACCCACAAAGCAGGAGAUUUUCCUGGUCGUCAAGAUCACCUCCGGCUGCAAAGCUGUGGCUAACUGGAUGUCCCCAGUGGACAUGGCUGGGGUGCCGUUUGUGGCUGCUUGCCCAGCAGGGAUUGUGCUGCAUGUCCCCUCCUGCUACAGAGAGACCACAGACACCUGGUUCUCCUCGGUGAAGCUUGUCAUGGAUAAACCAAGAGAGGAGGAGAUCUUGGACAUCCUUGUUUCCAAUGAGGUCAGUGCCCAGAAGUUGUCCGUGAAGAUCCAGUCACAUGAUGCCAUUGAUGGACUUAGGGUGGUGCCUCCUGGACCAUGCCGGAUGCUAGUGGAUGUGUCACAGGUAUUUACUGCUGAGAUCAGCCAGGGGUCCUCUGUCUCUUACACCUGGGUGAUUGAUAACAUGGACACGUUUGCCUACAAUGGUCAGAGCUACAGUGUCACAUUUAAGAGACCUGCUACAUAUAAGCUAAAGCUGACAGCAAAGAACCCGGUGAGCUUCAAAUCUUUGGAACUGAUGCUCAUAGCUGAACCCAUGAACCCCUUGGCUCACCCUGAAUUGCUGGGACUCCCUGGAAUUGUGGAAGUCAAUGUUCCCCAGACUAUGAUAUUCAGGGUGGAAGUAGACACUGCCGUGGAUCUCAUGAUGAGGUGGGAUUUUGGCGACGGCAGCCCAGAGGCAGAGACCACCCUGGCUCCUCCUUAUGACGCUCAGCUGCCACGACCGGAUCCACAGAGAGAACGAGUUCAAGUGUCAGCGAGGGUGACCCAUGCCUUCAUUCAGCCAGGUGACUACACCGUCAGAGCUGAAGCCCUCAACAAGUAUGAGCAAGUCCACCAAAUGGCCAGAGUCUGCGCUGUUGUUCCCAUAACCCUGGUGACCAUUCUGUCCAGUCCAACUUCUCCAUUGGCUAAAGAGGUUACUCGGUUUGAGGCCUUGGUUUCUCCUUCCCUCUAUGGCAUAUGGUAUUCCUGGAACUUUGGCGAUGGGUCACCAGUACAGGAGGGACCAAAUUCUACUGUGCGCUAUUCCUUUGAAAAGGCCGGGGUUUAUAAUGUGACCCUAAGAGUCAAUAACAAUCUCAGUGACGUAACAUCCUGGGCAUCUGUGUCUGUCAGGGAAGGAAUUAUGGGCCUGAACAUAGUGUGCAGUGGGCCCAGUGAACUCGGUUCAGUCACAGUUGUCAAUGCCACAGUUACCUCUGGCACAGAUGUCAGGUGGUCCUUCGACAUGGGAGAUGGAUCCAUCUACAGAAAUCUGUCACACGGAGUUGUUUCUCACAUUUUUGCUGCUGAAGGAAAAUACACAAUAACAGUGACAGUUCACAGUGCUGCGGCCUAUACCAAGGCAUCCACCAUAGCCAACAUUUACAAACUGCGUAUUAGCACCAUCCUGGCUCCUAGUUGUCUCUCCAGUGGGGAGCUGACCCUGUUCCAAGCUUUUGUGACAGGGCCAGUUAAAGGGAUUAUGUUCUGCUGGGAUUUCCAAGAUGGCCGCCCUCCCGCUGUUCGUCAUGGAGACCCCACGGUCCUUCACAGCUACAUGGUGGCUGGGAAUUACCAGGUGAAUCUGACUGUCUAUGGCACAAUGAGCAGCGCUUCUCGUCAGCUAGCUGUUUGUGUAGAGGAUAAAAUCAGCUCAGUUAAGCUAUUGGCUCCAAUGUCUGCUGUAGCCUUAGAGGAACCGCUUUCCUUCUUGGCUGAAGUAGAUCCAGGACCCGACCCUCAGCACCAGUACAGGUACCAUUGGGAUUUUGGCAUCGGUGAAGACCCGGUGCCUUCUAAAACUCCAGAAAUCACAUUUGUGUACUUGGAGGCUGGGUUGUAUAUGGUAACCGUGACUGUGCAGAACACGGUCAGCCAACAAAACGCCUCGUUAAAUGUCACAGCUCAGCAGGCCAUUAAUACCAUCUCCAUUCACCACAGUGGUGAAACAGGCAUCUUUCUAGCUGUGGGCACUCUCUACGACUUUGUGGCUGAAGUCAGCUGGGAUACUACAGCCGCAUUUCAGUGGGACUUUGGAGAUGCCUCACCUCCUCAGGUGGGUCAAAGAGCCCCCCACACCUAUAAGAAAGCAGGAGAUUUUACCAUCAUGGUUGUGGGUGAGAAUCUGGUCAGCCACAGGACAGCGACACUCACCAUGACGGUGCUUACUCCAGUUAAGCUGUUGACUCUACAUGCUGAGCAACCAGUGAGCGAGGCUGGGCAGGAAGUCACCUUCAGAUCUUCUUUAGCUGCAGGGGAUCGUGUUCGCUAUUGCUGGGCUGUUGGUGAAACAACUGGAUUCCAAGAGGGAGCGGCCAUUUUCACUCACACUUUCCCCACUCUUGGCACCUUUGCGGUGUUUGCCGUAGCUGAGAAUCCUGUGAGCAUAGAGACGGCAAACGUCACCGUGGAGGUCCAGGAACGAGUCCAAGGGGUGCAAAUUCACAGUGAACAUGUAGUGCAGGACAAGUAUGUGGCCAUCGCAGAAGCCUUCUCUCUCUCCAGCGAGGUUGCUCAGGGCUCCAAUGUCACCUUCCGUUGGGCAGCUUUGAAAGGAAAGCACCCGUUGUUUACUUCUGAAGGGCAGUUGUUCUUAUUCUGCCCCAAUACAAGUGGGGAGCUCCUGGUGGAGGUGAAAGCUGGGAAUGCACUGGGUGAAGUCACCACCAGCCUUACCCUGGAAGUCUUGGAGAGAGUUCAUGGUGUGAUGGUUCAAUCGGCCUUUGAUAAUGUUGCAGUAGGAAAGCCAGUGAACCUGAACGUUUCUGUGGUGUCGGGAACGGAUCUCCUUUAUCAGUGGAAGGUGCAGGAGGACGCACAGCUGCUGCUUACCACCACACCCUCCCUUUCACACAUCUAUAACACCCUAGGCUCCAAGCUUGUCUUUGUCACAGUCUACAAUGCCCUGGGAUCCAGCAAUGGCUCCACAGAACUCAGAGUGCAGGAACCUGUUUCUGGGGCAAAUUUCAGCAUGGCAGGAAUCAUGUGGCCUUUCGUCCUGAAGUCAGGCACCUCAGUAGAGCUUCUGGGCAUGGUGGAUGCAGGAUCUGACCUUGCAUGGGAAUGGCAGCUACAGAGGGGGGAAGAGGAGAAGCUGAUCCUCUCUCGUGGGCAGAACAUCUCUCACAGAUUUGGGCAGUUCGGAGACUACAGAGUGUUUCUGCGGGUCUGGAAUGAUGUUAGCGAGAGUACAUCUCUGGGUGCCAUCUCCGUCCAAGAUCCUGUGGCUGGACUGGGUGUGACAGUGGACAAGAGGACGGUGUGCACAGAUGAUGAGGUUACUUUUACAUUGCGUGUGUUGAAGGGCUCGCGGGUGACCUUUGCCGUCUACUUCCCCUCGCUGGGGAUUCACAUGGAUAACCCUGCGGGGAUCUUCCACUUUCCUUUUCCAGUGAAAGGCUACCACCAGGUGCUGGCAUCUGCUUACAACAAUGUUAGUAAUCAGACAGCUACUGCCAUGGUGAAGGUCUUGGAGAAGGUGAAGGGGCUGCACCUCUUAGGUGAUUGCCCGCCCAUUCUGGAAGCCAACAAAGAACUUACAUUCCGAGCAGCAGUGCAAGCUGGAGAGAACGUUGCUUUCUCCUGGGCAUUUCGGCUCCCUGGGCUGCCUGACUAUAACGUCACAGGCCAGCAGGUGACGUAUACCCCCUCUGGCAAAGACAAUUUAACCAUUCUGAUUGAGGCCACCAAUGCUUUCUGUGCAGACACUCUUCUAGUGGUAAGAAAGUUAGAGGUGCCGGUAGUGACUGUUGACCUGUCCAGCAAUGGCACCAGGACAUUUGUCAAUCAAACCGUGACAUUUGACGUGAUGGCGGUUGGUGGCAGCAACCUUCACAUGGAGUGGAAUUUUGGGGACUCGCCCGAAACCUUCUCCAGUGAAGGAGAUCAGAGAGUAUUUCACAAAUAUCGCCAAGCUGGUGAUUUCUUGGUAGAAGUGAGAGUCUACAACAACAUCAGUUUUGUCUUCGCCCAGUUAAAAGUAACUGUGCAGCUGCUGCUCUGUGAAAGCCCUACUCUGAAGCUUGUUGAGCCUCUCUCUGCAAUCUCCAAAUCUUACACCACCUACUUUGAGGCUGAUGUGGACUUGAAACAAUGCACAGCCUACCGGGCAUUGUAUCGGUGGGAGAUAUUCCGCAGCUGCAGCUGUGAUGCUCCAUCCAAGACCAACGCAGUCUCUUUACCGCAUGUAGAUGUACUAACCCCACGCCUUGUGCUCCCCAAGCUCUCCCUGGACAUUGGUCCUCACUGCCUGCUUUUCACUAUCUCUCUGGAGAACACACCCUUGGCCCAGAUGGUUUGCAGCAACUUGACUGUGCUUUCCAGCAAGCUAGUUCCAGUCAUCCAUGGAGGAUCCUGGAGGAGAGGGACAGCCAAAAUGGAUCUGGUUCUAGAUGGAAGCAAGUCAUAUGACCCUGAUGAGGAGGAGGGUGGAAACUCCUCUCUGGCGUACCAGUGGGACUGUCAACUGGAGGCACCUAAUGUGUCCACAACUUUAUGUGGCUUCCCUGCUAUGGUAGGCAUGGACAGAGUGAUUGUCCCACACUCCAUGCUGAAUCCAGGAGCAACUUACCACUUCAACCUUACUGUGAAGAAGUCCGGUAAAGAUCCUGCUUGGGUGAUACAGAAGCAGGUUUUGAUUGCAUCUAGCCUGGAGGAGAUCCUGCCUGUGACCCUGGAGUGCCAUUCCUGCAGUGCUUUGUCAAGCUACGAGGUCAGCAGCAGCAUCCAUGUCACGCUGUCUGGACAGUGCGAAAGCUGCGACAACGGAACGCUGUACAUCUGGAGAGCUCGGAGUUCUGAUGGCCAGCCUUUGACCUUGGACAAUGUGACCACUUCCACUGGGGACUCCAAUCGGGACCUGGUGAUCAGGCAGGGGGUCCUGCAGGAUGGAGUGAACUACACUUUCACCGUUUUGGUCACUCAGCCUAGAGGACAGCUGCGGGGAGAAGCUGGCAUCACCCUCACCCCAAACCACCCACCCAGGGGCGGGCUCUGCAUUCUGAGACCAGAAAAAAAUAUCUACAUCUUGGAGACGCCGGUUAGAUUUCAGUGCAUGGGUUGGAUGGAUGAGGACAGCAGCCCAAUGCAGCAGCAGCAGCUGAUCUACACCCUGACUGCCGAAAUGUGCUCCCCUCACAGCAGCCAUUGUUGGCACUCCUGCCUGUAUCGAGGGGUCAAGUCUGCCUUCAGCAUCUUCUUGCCCGCAGGCGCUCUUGGCAAUCAAUCCAGCGUCAACAUCCUAGUUGAGCUGGAGGAUUCACGGGGAGCAAAGACCUUGGCAUUGAACCAAACCCUGACUCUCACCAUGCCUGAACUCCCUUCAGGAUUCAACACCAUAACCAGCUGGUUGAAGAAGAAGAGCCAGUCGGAGCUGUGGGGUGUGGUCCAGCAAGGAAACCCACAGGAGGUGAUUCCGUACUCCUUGGCUCUUAUAAGCCUGCUGAAUCACGACUUUGGAAGAGGGUAUAGCAUGAAGGAGCUGAGGGGCCGCAUCUCCAUCCGCAGCAAUGUCACGGCAGCUCUGGCCUCCCUGAAUAUCUCCAGUGUGAAGGAUGUUGCUCAGCUUAGUGCUGCACUGAGGGCUUGCGCGGCAUUCCCAGAAGAGCUCAGCCUUGGAUCUCGUACCCAAUUGCUGGAAGCUGCCAAGAGAAUGAUCCAAGUUAUCCACAGCGAGACAAAAGAAGGUCACGAAACCCCCACCUCCGCUGGCAAUAGCAUCUUGGCAAUCCUGGGAAUAAUGUUAACUACCGAAGACACGAAACUGCACAUGGUGGCGAACGACCGCCUGUCAAAGGAACCAGCCCUCAGGAAUUGGGUCUCCUCGGCUUUUAAUCUCACUCGUGCUCUGAUGAGGUCCUUGAUGAAGUCCCGAGUGCUGAAUGAGGAGACUCUAUCACUCUCCGUCUCUGAGAUCCACGUUCGGGGGAAAAGGGCUGAUGCCAGCAAUUUGCUGUGCACAUCCCCCUCUGUGGAGUGCCUCUUCUCUGUGCCCAGGACGCUUGCCGAACAGCUGGCAGAAAGCCAGGAGGUGGUGCAGGUCACCAUGGACCUUGCCAUCAACCCCUUCCCUUUCAACUACUACACCAACUCUGCCAUUUCCACCCGCCUUGCCCUUCUGGAGUUCACCACUCCAGCAGGAGCGCCGAUCUCGGUUGCCAACCUACCUAAGGAGAGAGCCAUCAGCCUGCGAUUACCUGCUGGACAGCAGAAGCUGCAAGACUUGCCCCAAACACUAUUGGUCAUCCCACCAGGAGACUCUGUUAACUUCACUGUGAAAGUUACACCAGGCAGCAACGUGACAGGGACACACGUCCAUAUCAUUUUCACUGUGGUGGAGGGCUUCGGCUUCAGCCAAGAGACGGUUCCCUCCCUUUAUCUUUACGGACAUAAUGCUCCAUCUCCCAAUGAGUUCCACUACAGCUUGAAGGAGGAAAUUGCCUUUUCUAAUGGUCUGGAGGAAACCCGCAGCAGGGACGUCACCCUCUUAAUUUCUUCUCUUCACCAUCUCAAUGAGACUCAUCAGGAAUACUACAUCAACAUCACCAGCCGCUUCUGCUGUUCCGCCGUCCGUGCCAGUGUCUCUGUUUUUGCCAGCCUUUGCCAGUACUUCCAUUUUCCCAGCAUGCAGUGGAGUGCAGAUGGAGUGACCCCAACAGCUGCCACCAGCCCCAAGGAGAUUGUGUGCCUGACGGAGCAUCUCACUGUCUUUGGGGGUAGCCUCUUUGUGCCUCUUCACAGUGUUGUCUUCUUGCCACCGAGGAAGCGUUCCUGGCAGAGUCCCUUGGCAUUGAUCACCUGUGGCAUCCUUUUCUCCAUUUACCUGGGGAUAGCAUUGAUAUCCCACAAGCUGGACGACAUUGACAUCACUCGGGUAGGGAUCAUCCCUCGGUGUGGCCAGCCUGGGCGGUACAAGUACUGGCUGAUGGUGAAGACAGGCUGGAAAAGAGGCUCAGGUACCACAGCCCAUAUAGGGAUCAGAUUAUAUGGGCUGAACAAAAGCGGCUCUCGCCACCUGGACAAGGGCUGGGCCUUCCAGAGAAACAGCCAGGAUAUUUUCCAAGUAGAAACGGAUGCAAACCUAGGAGAGAUUUGGAAGAUCCGCAUCUGGCAUGAUAACACUGGUCUGGACCCCUCUUGGUACCUGCAGCACGUUAUUGUAUGGGACAAGCAGACAGACAACAUGUACUUCUUCCUAGUGGAGGACUGGCUGUCUGUGGAAAAUGAAAAGAAUGAGGGAAUGGUGGAAAAAGAGGUCCUUGCAGCAUGUCCACAGGAACUGAGAUGCUUUUCCCGAAUUUUCCCUGCACAGAUGCGCCUUGGGUUUUCCGACUGGCACAUGUGGCUUUCUGUUUGGAGCCGUCCUCCUAACAGCCGCUUUACCCGGGUACAGAGGCUCACUUGCUGCAUGCUGAUGGUUCAGCUCUUCCUAGCUACGUGUGCCGUCUGGUAUGGUGCAGUUGGAGUUAAGGGCCACAGCUAUCCUGUUGGAAGACAGAUUUCUGUGACCGCAGAGAGCAUUGUGGUUGGAAUAAUUGCAGCAGUCGUGGUUUACCCAAUACAACUACUCUUCGGUUUUCUCUUCCGGAAAACACGCAGUAAGAUUGUAAUAGAAGAUCCUGACCCGCCUGCUCAGGACUGCCAGACUGUGGAGAUGGAUGUGUCCCUUGACUGCUCUAACUUGGGUAGCUCCUCCUUCUUAUCUGUCCCUGGAAGAAUGGAGUCCGUUGUGGAUAUGGGUUCUGUUGGCAGUGAAUCCCUCUUUAGUAGAAAGCCAGUUUCCAACCAGAAGAACUUCAUAGGCAACAACAGGACUGCCAAUCAAUGGCCUUCAUGCAACAGCAUCUUUGAUAUUCCUGACCUUUUGAACUCUGACCCUCUGAUGAAUGGAAGUCGGAUUCUCAAGAGGAAGAAGGCAAUGGCAAAGUUGGGAAUUGACUCCAUGUCCAGUUCUGAUGAUGACCCCCUGUCCUUUUCAUUCAGAGAUUCUGAGGACAGUAGGAGGUCCAGCUGUGGCCAUCACUCUGCAGAAGGUUUGCUCAACUGUGUUGCUGACAGAACUCAGGAGAACAUCUCUGACUGCGUCACAUCUGACAGUGGCCGGUUUUCACCCCAAGUAGAAGCAGAUCUCAUCUAUGAUGGAAUGGAAAGUUCUAGUAGUGGCUGGUCCGAUGGGAUUGUGCAGCAUGGAAGCAGCUGGGGCUUACUACGGAAGUCGUUCUCUUACGUCUCUGCUAUGACCAAUAUUGGCAGCGCUUUCUUUUCUGACCUGGAACUUCCUCCUGCUACUGUUUCCUCGCUUUCUACCCGGAUUGGGGUGCCCCGAAGACCUCAGGAAUGGCUCUUCCCUGCUGGGAUGCUCCCAGCUAUCUACAUAGCCAUCUUCUUGCUGCUUGCUGGCUGCUUCUCCACCAGUAUCUUAUAUGGCUCCUCCUUCCUUGACCACACUGCCUUGAUGUGGCUGGUCUCCUCUGCCUUUGCUUUCGCCACAUCUUUCAUUUUUUUGGAGCCAAUGAAGGUGUUGUUUGGGGCUCUGCAUGCCGCUCUUAUCAGCAAGCCAGUGGAGAGUGAAGCUGAUGGACUGGUGGAGAACCCCUUGGUAAAGCAGAUGCCUGAACGAGUUGGGAAGGUCCGCGUGCCCUGUGGUUAUGGGCUGCUGCAGGCCAAGGAAGAGGCCAAGAAAGUCCGAGCUCUCAAAGGGUUGAUGUGGAACUGCCUCACUCAUAUGCUAUUCUUUCUGGUUGUGCUGACCAUCAAUUACCAGAGAUGCUUCCAUGACAACAACGUCCACCUCCUGCAUGCUGCUGUCAAACAGGCCAUCUCUGUGACAAACGACAAAGGACUGAACUUCACUUCUGUGCGCAGCUACUCCGACACAUUGGAAUGGAUUGACACAGUGCUACUGAAAUACCUUUAUGGCAACACAAAGCUGACAAUAGUAGGAGUGCCUCAGCUGCAGCUACAAAGCUCCACUGCAAGCCAAAUGAGGGAUCUAGGACUUCCCCGGCCUGGAAUUGCAUCUCAGAUAUACCACUUCAGUUCUGCCAGCCGCCCCUGUCCUCUGUGCCACUUGUCUGGGUCCAGAUCCGAAGCUCCUAGGGAUACAAAUAAAAACACAUGCCCUGACGCAACUGAGCACACUUCUAUUAGGUUUUGGAUCUGGGGUCAUGCAGAAUUUUACCAUGCGAAUGAUGGCUGCGCAAAGGAGCUUGGGAACACCUCUGCAAAAGCUCAGAGGAUAUUGCAUGACCUACAAGCAAGCAACUGGGUGCACAAAAGGAGUAAAGCUCUACUUGUCGAGUUCACUCAGUACAAUGCUGAUGUCAAUCUGUAUGUGACUGUGAUGCUCCUGUUUGAGUUUCCGUCCGACAGGCCGGCAAUUGCUUCAAUGUCCAUAUUCCCCUUCCCAAUGUUAAAGUCAGGAGACAACAUGGACCUUCGCCUUGUCAUGAUGAUAUGCCUGCUUCUCUUCAGUGGAGCUUUUGUUCUACCAAAGCUGUCCUUCACAGCUCCGGAAAAGGCGUCAUGCCCAUGGCAGAGCCACAGUCGCUUCCGGCUGCUCCUGGCCCUGAUUUCCGUCACUGUUGCUGCCUUGCACUUCACCAACAACCAUUUAGCAAAGGCACGCUUGUUGCAUUCCCAGAAGCACCGCCAGGCUUUCACCAGCUUUUACGAAGUGGCAGUGCUGGCUCGCAUAGAAGCCAUCCUCUGCGCCCUGCUGCUGACGAUCACCAUGCUGAAGAUGGUGCAACAGCUGCGCUUUGUCCGGAGAUGGUCUGUGUUUGGGAAAACCUUCCAGCAUGCCUUGAGGGAGCUAGUGGCGAUCAAAAUCAUCUUCCUCUUGUUCCUUCUCAUCUGUGCCAAGUGUGGCUGUUUAGUAGGUUAUAAAAAGAAUCGGGCCUUCUCUUCAACUGUGGAAGAGUUCAGGACACUCCCACGUGCCUUUUCAGCUCUGCUUUCCACUCUCUGUGGGAAGAUCACUUUCCUCCAGUCUUUGAUGCAGAUUUCCCCUAUCCUGGGGACAACAUACAUCCUAAGCUUUGGAGCUGGCGUGCUCUGGAUGGUGCAGAGUUUCCUUUGUGCCUCUGUCCUUAACAGUUACCGUACAGUCCAUUCUGAGAUCUACCAUCCAGCUAUUGAGCCUCAGGAUUAUGAGAUGAUUGAGUUUUUGGUGAAAAGGUUGAAGCUCUGGCUAGGACUCAGCAAAACCAAAGAGUUUCGCCACAAGGUGAAAUUUGAAGGGAUGGACUCCCUGGUUUCCCACUCUUCUGGAAACUCCAAACCGUCUCGCCUUCCUUCUCCGGGCACCAACUUUCACUGUCCUAGUGCAACCAUUUCUUCCUUCAGCUCUGAAGAGCUGGUACUUCCCGAGAGCCCCAUCCCUGAUCCUUGCAAUGUAGACUUUUAUCUGGAGCACCUGCCAUCCGCAGUCAACGAUCUCCUGGAAGGCUUUGACAGGGUCCUAAAGCUGAUGGAGGAUGUGUGCCAUCUUGAGACCAGCUUAGAGGAGACUCAGAGGAGAAUUUGCAAGAAGAAGAAGAAGGGGCAGAAAAGCCAUCCCAUGGAAAAGGUAGCGACACUCGCUUCAAGAACCAGCUUAGGGCUGCCGAGAACUUACAGCACCUUCUCAGAGUCUGCCUUAGCCAGGCUCAGAGCGCACCAUGUCAGGAUUUCCAGCUGCAGUGCCACUGAAGGGGGCAAGCAGCACCCAGACGAUACUGAAUCUCAGCAAAGCUCAGCAGGAUACAAGGUUCUGGUGGGCAACCCUCCAGCUUCAGGCCACAUCUUCCGAAGCACUCUUCCCUGGCCGGCCCAUUUGUUCAAAAAGAGACCCAGGAGUGAGGAAGGGCAGGGAUAUCCGUGUUGUGACGUGCUUCAGAGACAGAUCCCUUUAAAGAGGAGAGCGUGGCAGACCGAAGGAACAGGUGACAUGUAGACAACCUCUAUGUGGGUUUAACUGAGCACAAGAGCUGGUACCCGUUUGUUUUCCCUCCUCGUGCUUCACUCACAUAAUGCACCUCACUGGAGAAGCAGGGUCCAGAUUAACCUCCUUGCCUUUGUUAUCUUUCAGGGUACUACAAAUUGGAUGAACUCUAUUUGGUUCCCAGCUCUGACCUGCCUAGAAUGCCUUAAGUUUUCUGCACAGAUAAAAUUAGAAUUAUAGUGGUGCAUGUAAAGUACUUUGUAGUGCAUUAUGUUAUUUACAAUCUAGCACAGUAGCUUUGCGCAGUCCUUCUGUAUUUUUGUACUAAUGUCUGGAAUGAAAUACCUACAAGGCUGGCUUUAGGACAGGCAUGGGCAAUCUCAGGACAAGGGCCUAAAUGCAGCCUCCAGGCCUCUUUUAUCAGGCUUUUCAAUCUCUCUCCAAGCCACAUCUUCCUUACCAACUCUCCACCCUCCCUGGCCCUGCUGCACUCCUGCGUAUUUCUGCCUGACUGAAAUGCAUUCUUUAAUGCCUCUUGCUUUGUCUGGUUAGAGGAUGUGUGUGUGUCAAUAUUCUAUGGGACAGUCUAAGGGAGCAGGACUUCUAACUAGCUACAUUAAGCAUUACAUUCUUGAAGCUGCUGCAAAAAUACAUCUGUAAUCACAGCCUUUGAGAACUUGUCAUGUCUGUAUUAAAACAGUACAUAUGUCCAACAUAUUGUGCUUACUACCAACUCCUUCAUUAGCCUCUGAGGGCAGGAGCAGGCAGAAGCCUUGCACAAAGGGGCUUCUCCCCCUUCUCUCCUUGAAAUUGGCUUGGGGUUUGGUUGCGAGCACUUCCAGAAC